ACCCCCGGCUCGCCUUAGUGCGGUUAGUUUGGGUGAUCCCUCCCUCUAAGCAAAUCCAAGUUUUGUAUUAGCCAGCCAUCCCACUAGACACAACACAUCAAGAUGCGUGAGAUCGUACAUCUUCAGGCUGGACAGUGCGGUAACCAGAUCGGUGCCAAGUUCUGGGAGGUCAUCUCAGACGAGCAUGGCAUUGACCCCACCGGCACAUACCACGGUGACAGUGACCUUCAGCUAGAGAGAAUCAACGUCUACUACAAUGAGGCCACAGGAGGCAAAUACGUCCCCAGGGCUAUCCUGGUCGACCUUGAACCCGGCACCAUGGACAGUGUCCGCUCUGGUCCCUUCGGACAGAUCUUCCGCCCUGACAACUUUGUUUUCGGACAGUCAGGUGCUGGCAACAACUGGGCCAAAGGUCACUACACAGAGGGCGCUGAGCUGGUUGACUCCGUCCUGGAUGUUGUAAGGAAGGAAGCUGAGAGCUGUGAUUGUCUGCAGGGAUUCCAACUCACCCACUCUCUUGGAGGUGGCACUGGCUCAGGUAUGGGAACACUCCUCAUCAGCAAGAUCCGUGAAGAGUACCCAGACAGAAUCAUGAACACUUUCUCUGUUGUCCCAUCCCCCAAAGUAUCAGACACAGUCGUUGAGCCAUACAACGCCACCCUCUCAGUACACCAACUGGUAGAGAACACUGAUGAGACCUACUGCAUUGACAAUGAAGCCUUGUAUGACAUCUGCUUCAGAACCCUGAAACUCACCACCCCCACCUAUGGUGACCUCAACCAUCUGGUCAGUGCCACCAUGUCUGGUGUCACCACCUGCCUCAGGUUCCCUGGUCAGUUGAACGCUGACCUCAGGAAACUGGCAGUCAACAUGGUCCCCUUCCCUCGUCUCCACUUCUUCAUGCCAGGCUUCGCUCCCCUCACAUCUCGUGGUAGCCAACAGUACAGAGCCCUGACAGUGCCAGAGCUGACCCAGCAGAUGUUUGAUGCCAAGAACAUGAUGGCUGCCUGUGACCCCAGACACGGACGUUACCUGACAGUUGCUGCCAUGUUCCGUGGCCGCAUGUCCAUGAAGGAGGUUGAUGAGCAGAUGUUGAAUGUCCAGAACAAGAACUCAUCCUACUUUGUUGAAUGGAUCCCCAACAAUGUCAAGACUGCAGUUUGUGACAUCCCACCACGUGGUCUUAAGAUGAGCUCAACCUUCAUUGGCAACAGCACCGCCAUCCAAGAGCUCUUCAAACGUGUCUCAGAGCAGUUCACCGCCAUGUUCCGUCGUAAGGCUUUCCUCCACUGGUACACUGGUGAGGGCAUGGACGAGAUGGAGUUCACUGAGGCCGAGUCCAACAUGAACGACCUGGUCUCAGAGUACCAACAGUACCAGGAUGCCACCGCUGAGGAGGAGGGAGAAUUCGAGGAGGAGGAGGGUGAAGAGGAGGCAUAAACCAACCCACGUGACCCUGCCAGACCCCACAUUCCACCUGACCUUUUGAUACAAAACAUGCAGUGAUGCACUCGACUGUACAUUUAUUUAUUCGAGCCAUCAACAGCUUUCAGAAAAACUGAAUUAAAAAAUUUAAAAUCUUGUAAACCUUUUUUUCAUUUGUUAACUGUCAGUAGAAGUUGGAUUCUAUGUCAGCAAGAAAGCUUCAACAUUUGGACUUAAAAUUUUAAUGUUUGGACAAAAAAUAUUUUUAAACUUUAAAAAAUGAAAAGUAUAUCUAUAGUAAACAAAAAUAAAACAAACGAAGUGCAUUAUUGCAAUAAAGUUUUACUGGAUAGAAAAAUUUUAAAA